GCUAGACGAAUUAUCAGCUUAGUGAGACUAAGGUUAUAUAAAUAUCGCGAUGUUGAGCCAAUGCAGCGAUGCAAUUGAGCUUGAUAUUAUUGUAGGUCAAUUCCUAGACAUCUCGUGCCAUCAUGACAGCAAUGUCACCCAUCCUCACGCCAGCAUUGCUUGCAGCGAUUCGAAAGCAACCAAAUCUACCUUGUAAUACAUGGUACUUUAUCACUGCUACCACUUUGUCGGCCCUCAAUAGGCCGGACGAGCUGCCAAAGGUUUUCAAGGAUGCCAUAGGAGACUGUCCAGACACUACUGGGAACGGUGUUCCGAGCCGGGACGAUCAGUUGCGCAUCUCUAGACGUCUCAGAGAAGCCCUCCUGAAAGCUUCUGCCGUUGGCGGCAUGCCCAAGUCGAUUAAUGCUCUGAUGUCUCUGAAGUCCGCGACCCCUGAAGAUCUACUAGACGAACCGGGAACGGGUACAACAUCUAGACAUAAGGACAUAUACGAUACUGCACCAGCGCACGUGCUCGAGCGAGGGCAAUACUUCUUCGAAGCCAUAUAUGGCAAAAUUUCCAGACGUAUAAUGGGUCAACUAGACCGGUCAGGUGCAUCAGACUUGGGCUUGCUGGCGAGGUUGACAUAUGGGUAUGUACUCAGUAACACUGAUGUGCUUACACCGGCCGAAACCUCGUUCGUACUCAUCGCAAGUCUCAUUCCCCAAGAUGUGAACCCUCAACUCAAGGGACAUUUGCGGGGUGCACUCAAUGGAGGUGCCAGUGUAGAUGAAGUGAGAGCCGUGAGGGAUGUAGUCAUCAAGAUUUGUGAAGCUUCAGGAAUGAAGAAGCUCGAGGAGAACGCCAUUGGGGGAUGGGGCUGGAGAAGUGAAGUUGCGAAUGUAUAGAUGAUUUGGAUCUCGAGGCCUUGGGCUUACCCUAAACUAGGUCAGAUUCAUAGCAGGAGAUCACAACUUGGCACAUGCCAACCAACAACUAGUACCACUCCGAACCUCGAAAGGCAUUUCAGAAUUACAGUCACGGUCACGUAUCAUUGAAACAAAUAGUGAUGCUUUGUUUAUGAACCUGUGGCUGAGAGCUUAUAAUCACC